UUGUAGGUUGAUAGGUCCGAUAGUAGGCUUGGAGGUAUAAGUAUCCUGUUGCUGUCCGUCUGUAAGGCCUCAUCACACAACCAAGUCUCUCAUUCACUCACUCAACAGUCUCUCCACACACCAGCAAUCAUGCGUUUCACUCCUACCGACCUCAGCCUUCCCGCUGUCGCCGUCGCCUUCUUGGGCGCGACUGCUUCAGCUCAGACUUGCCAGCUUCCCACCAGCUACAAGUGGACUUCAUCCAACGCUCUUGCCCAGCCCAAGUCCGGAUGGGCCAACCUCAAGGACUUCACCACCCAGAUGGUCAACGGCAAGCACCUCGUCUACGCCACCAACCACGACACCGGCUCCAAGUACGGCUCCAUGAACUUCGGCCUCGUCUCCAACUUCAACGAGCUGGCAUCUGCUCCCCAGAACGCCAUGAGCCAGGGUCUCGUCGCACCCACUCUGUUCUUCUUCAAGCCCAAGAACACCUGGGUCAUUGCCUACCAGUGGGGACCUACCGCUUUCUCCUACAAGACCUCCUCCGACCCCACCAACGCCAACGGAUGGAGUGCGGCCAAGCCCCUCUUCUCCGGUACCAUCUCUGGCUCAAGCACUGGUCCCAUUGACCAGACCCUGAUCGGUGACGGCACCAACAUGUACCUGUUCUUCGCCGGUGACAACGGCAAGAUCUACCGCUCCAGCAUGCCCCAGGGCAACUUCCCCGGUAACUUCGGUACCGCCUCCACUGUCGUCAUGAGCGACAGCCAGAACAACCUCUUCGAGGCUGUCCAGGUCUACACCGUCAAGGGCGGAACCUCCAAGAAGUACCUCAUGAUCGUCGAGGCCGUCGGCUCUGGUGGUCGCUACUUCCGCUCUUUCACUGCCUCCAGCCUCGGCGGCAGCUGGACCCCCAACGCUGCUACCGAGCAGAACCCCUUCGCCGGCAAGGCCAACAGCGGUGCCACCUGGACCAACGACAUCUCCCACGGAGACUUGGUUAAGGUCACCAACGACGAGACCAUGACCGUCGACCCUUGCAACCUGCAGCUGUUGUACCAGGGCCGCAACCCCAACUCCGGUGGCGACUACGACCGUCUCCCCUACAGGCCCGGUCUCCUUACCCUUAAGAAGUAGAGGGCGACUACUACCUUGGCUUGUUGAGAAGUCUUUCAUUGUACAUACAUUUUGAGCUGGAGGGUGUAUAUAGUCUGGCUGUUGAUUUCGCUUCUUUCCUUUAGCCCUGAGGGUCCUUUUUGAACAAAUGAAUUCAUAGGGUAUCAUAUGAUCCCUAGUUCUACACAUGA